UCCUCACGGUAUCAUCUAUCAUCACCUACUGUUCGCCACCACAAUCUACUAAAUAUGCAGAAAUUCGUGUUGUUCGCUGCUUUCGUGGCUUGCGCCGCUGCCGCCCCAGGAGUCCUCCUUCACCAGACCCCAGUUGUUGCAGUCCACAGCCCAGUGGUUCACACCGUCCCAGUUGUGGGUUCCAAGACCACCAUCACCAAGAGCAGCCAGGUUGUCAGCCACGGAUCUCCAGUGGUGCACGCCGUCCACACACCCGUGGUCGCUACCUAUCCCGUUGUCAAAUCCGUUGUCACCCCAGUGGUUCACGCACCAGUAGUACACGCCCCAGUGGUUCACGCACCAGUAGUACACGCUGUUGCCCCCGUCGUAGUCAAGACUGUCCCAUCAGCAGUUGCCCACAGCAGCUCAGUUGUCCACCACUCCCCCAUCAAGGCUCUCCCUGUUAUUGCUAUCCACUAAUUUUAAUGACUAGGCUUUAAUAAACGAUUUA